AGCCUUUCGGUGAACAAUCUGCGGAAAGUAACUGUUGUAUGUCACAAGUUGAUCAGUGGUCAGAAACCGUGAAAAGGCACGAUACUAUUCGAUACUAUGACGCGCCUUUGUCCUCGGCUUUUUCCGGCUAACGGGAAAGGACGAAGCACAGCGAAGUGCUGUCGUUCGCAAAUUUCGUUCUGUGGCCGCCAUUUUGAGAAUUCGGUUGUGUUACUGUUAGGGUUUGUUUACUUAUACUAGACAAGGUUUUAGUUCUUGUAGAAGGAGGGAGUUUAUGUUGCGGUGAGAAAGGAUUUUGAUAUAUCAUAUGAUGUACCAGUUCAUCGUCGUCGAAUCAAUGUAGUGUACAAUAUUCGUUUUCAUCACGAAAGGAAGCAACGUCGAAAACGAGAACAAUCGCAGCAUAUGUGUAAGCCUGAACUGGAUUUUAAAUAGUAUAAUCUGCUGCCGAAUACUCUGUACCAUUUACAUUAUAAUUUACUUGGAAUCAACUUCUAUUGGAACGGCUGCAAGACGGCUAACCAUGUGUUAGUUUCGCCGUGCGAAGGUUAACGUUUACCAUCAUUGGACAGUACUACUUCAAAUACUUGAUGAUAAUUCAGUCAUGCUUCGUGCAUAGGGUGUUUUAUCAAUCACAAAGUUCGCCCAGUACAUCCAUGGUGAUUAGUGCCAAGUCGAUAAACUACUAGAAAACAUCCCAGUUCAGCACAACAUGUCAGAUGCGGCAUUUCCUCACCGAGACACUGCCAUGCACAUGAUAGCACACACGGCAGAUCUGCAAUGGCAGUGUAAUAUGUGUGCUGCAGCUUUUCCUUUGAGUACCAACUUAAAGGAUCACAUUUUAACUCACACGGGAGAAAAGCCAUGCCAGUGUGAUUUAUGCGCUGCAGCUUUUGCUGUGAGAACAAAUGUAAAAGAACAAGUCAUGAGACCUCAGAGUACACAACAACCAACUCAACAACCAACUCCGCCAAGUCAACCAAGUCAACCAAGUCAACCAAGUCAGCCAACGCAAGGAAAGACGUACAAGUGCAACCGGUGCGCUGCGAGCCUUCCUUCAAAAGCUGCCUUGAAAGAUCACCAGAAAACUCACAGUGGUGAAAAGCCAUGGCGCUGUAGUAUUUGUUCUGCUGCCUUUCCAUUUAGCUCCAGCCUGAAGAAGCACAUUGUUAUUCACACAGGCGAGAAGCCACACAAGUGCGAGCAUUGCACAAUGACGUUCUGCCAACGAUCACAGCUGAAGUCGCACAUGACUACUCACACGGGUGAGAAACCUUACAGGUGCGAUCUGUGUAGCGCAGGCUUUGCUCGCUUGUGCAACAUGAUGAGGCACAAGAGAACCCACUCUGAAAAGAAGCCCCACGUCUGUGCACUCUGCAACGUUGGUUUCCGUGAAAAGUCGCAACUAAAGUCCCAUAUGAGGACUCAUACAGGAGAGAAGCCUCAUAGGUGUAAUGUUUGCAACUCGGCAUUUGCAAAUAAAGGGAACAUGAAAAGGCAUGUAAAGACACACACUGGUGAAAAACAGUAUAAGUACAAUUCCAUCAUCUAAGGAACUAAAUCUCAGCAGAAGCACCCUAUGUGAAAUUAUACAUGUACUGCCAAAAACUUUAGGCACAGCAAUGUGAAUACUGUUGAGACAGAAAUAGUUAAACGACUGGUUGCGAAGUUUAGCAGGAAGAAACUACACUGUGACUCGUGAGAUAAUGUACCAUUAACUUUACCUGAAGCAUGUGAACCACAUUCAGAGUGAAAUCAUUGUUUAAAAGGCAUACUAGGCCCAUUGAUUAUGCAAUGUUGACGAAUGCUAGAGUAACUGGCACCUUGUAUAGUUAAUA